GCGAACUUGAGGCAGUGGGGCAGUUCGCGACGGUCCGAUCACAGGUCGAGGACGGCAGCCGUGUCGGCCUUGGCUGUCGGUGUUACUGCAGCGGCAGCCGCCAUCGCCGCCGCCGCAAGAGUUCAGACAGUUCCUCUGGGCGGGUUCCGCGAGACACACGUAAGGAUGCGACUGGCAACGCCGCUGGUGGUGCUCCUGUGCUGCACAGCGACCACCGUAGGACAACAACAACAACAACAACAGCAACACCAGCGACAACAGAGCAGCGCGGCGAGGCAGCGCGCGCUGGCGGAUGUCUGGCUGUACGAGCGCUUCCGCGAGAUCAGCACCCUGUUGCUGGCGCCUAGCAACCGAGCCAGGAACUUCGAGCGCGUCCGACGGCUCAACGGGCUGCAGCCGGACGUCCCCUCGGACCGGCCCUUCCCGUGCGACACCCGCCUCGGACGCUCGCCCUCGCCCCCGGACUCUGUGCACCGCCUGCGGCCCGGAGACAUCGACGUCGUCGCCGCACUGGGCGACAGCCUCACCGCCGGCAACGGCAACGCCGCCUCCAACCUGUUGCAAGUAGCUGUGGAGAACAAAGGACUCUCCUGGACCAUAGGAGGCGAGGGCAGCUGGCGCCGCUUCCUGACGCUGCCCAACAUCCUGAAGGAGUUCAACCCACGGCUGGUGGGCUUCUCGCUGCACGACGCGCUCUCGCACCAGAAGGCGUCGCAGUUCAACGUGGCCGAGGCGGGCGCCAUGAGCCGCGACGUGCCCUUCCAGGCCAGGCUGCUCGUCCGGCGCAUGCGCGCGCACCCUGCCGUCGACUUCGACAAGCACUGGAAGCUGGUGACAGUGAUGGUGGGGGAUAACGACUUCUGCCUGGACAUCUGCUACGGAGACACUGCGAAGAAAGCUGCGGAGAAUCAUCGGAGGGAUCUGAUAGACACACUGGACUACUUGCGUCAGAACCUGCCACGCACUCUCGUCAGCGUCGUCGUCACUCCACACAUGGACAUCAUCAGGAACUUCACGACGCGGUCUUUGUUGUGUGAGCUGGUUAAUGACUUAGAGUGCCCCUGCAUGUUCGGCCUGCGCUUUGAUAACAGACGUCAGGAAUUAACUCGCGUCAUGGACGACUGGCAGAAGGUGGAUGAGCAGGUGCCUGCCGAUAGUCGCUAUGCGGGUCUGACAGAUUUUGCUGUGGUGACGCAGCCGUUCACCAAAUCGCUCAUCUUUCCUAAUAUUACGACGGAAGCCGGCCAUCGUACAGAUUACUCCUUUCUGUCGCAGGACUGCUUCCACUUCAGUCAGAAGGGUAUGGCGAGAGCUGCCAAUGCACUGUGGAACAACAUGAUGGAGCCGGUUGGCCGUAAAUCCGAGGACUGGGAUGAUACAUUCUCCCGCUUUCUAUGUCCCACUGAGGAACGGCCGUAUAUUUACACCUCUGGGAACAGCGGCGUCUGAAUAUUUCACGAGUGGUGCAACAGCUACAAAUGUUGAAGACAGUUUAAGAAACAGCACACGGUUACCUGCUUAGUUUUUAUAAGGAUGGAACCACAUGUACGAGUACAAAGUCAAGAUACCUAAGAUUACCUGUGUAUUCAACUUGAAACAGUAUUAUCGGAAGUAAAUGUCUACCGCUCAACAGAUGGUCCCUCACCAGGAUUCAAAACAAAAAGACCAUUACAACUCAGAUCACGUCGUUGGAAGCGUUAUAGUCUCCGAUCUCCUAUGAAAUCAUUAAUUAUUAGUGUAGUGGCAAUGCGUUUGCGUGAGAUUUUCAAUGUCAGAACUACACAAUGGCACGUUUUACUAUGCCGAAAUGUGCAAUAUUAAAAACAGUGCAGGUUUUAUCCGUUGCACUUACAUAAUGAGCGUAAAUUUAAUUACCAUAAUUUCUAAUAAGCUCUAUGUUAUAGAAACAGCUAAUAUUUUCAAGUAACAUUCAGCAGCAUAAUCAAACUGUUGAUGUUUGAAUGGAUUAUGUGUUGACAAAGAUUAAAAUUUGUGCAUCAGUUUCCAGAUUGCAGCUCUUGUAGUGUCAAAAAUUUGCGCAGACCUUCAUUCUGAUGGUUGUACUGGUCAAUGUACAUAAGCAUUUUUUGUGAAUUUUUAACUACUUGAUUCUAGUCAUAUGAGUCUAUUGAAAUCAGUUAUUUUUAUACUUAUCUGCUCUUUACGCUUUUCAGAGGUAAAAGAAAAUAAUGUAACAUUAAUGUAUCUAUCCAACCAUCAAAUUUGUUGUUUGUAAAAUUUCUGUAAAUAUAAGUUGACCACUGUUUCUUUAAAUUACGUUGCUAGUAUUAUUAUGGAAUUGUGUCUGUUCAUUGCUGUUUUACUUUCCUAGAUUAAUAAUAUUGUUUCGCAAUUUAUGUACUGAUUUAUAGGGAGGAAGAUAAGCUUUGUAUCUUCCCCAUUUGUAACUUCCUUGCUGUCUAGAAUUUAAAGCCUUUGUACCCCACUAUUUGCUCAUAGUGGAGUUAAUAAUGAUUCUCUGCA